CGAAUUUAAUCUACACAGUCUAGAUUUCUCUAGCCCAUACCGGAGUCUCCUCUCAACUUAAUCUAACGUAGAUCAAAAACUUGGCUUAGGAGGCUCCUGUGAUAUUCAAGGUGUUUGCAGCAGAACCCCGCUUCCUUCCCAGUCGCUUUUAAGUUGAGGUAUCCAUCCAACCUUCGAGCUAUGCCCGAGCCUUUUAUAAGACCAAUUGAACCUUUACAUGAUUUGGACGCUUGCCUUCACAUCUUCUUUGCAACGAUCGACAAAGGAGUCGACUUCGAACCGGCACGUACCAUUGGCUCAUAUGUUUGGUGCCGACCAUACCUCCUCCUCUCUCCCGAAACAUGUGUCGUUCUCGAUGACGGCUCAGGUCAAGCUGUCGGGUAUAUCAUUGGUACGGAAUCUACCAGUACCUUUGUCAAGAAAUGGAGAAACGAAUACAUUCCUACUCUAGACCCGACAUUCGUUCCGCGGCCGGAUGAGCCCAAUGAGGAUGAUCCGAACGAGCCCAAAAUCUUGAAGUAUGUAAGACGAGCGGUGUACGACCCAGAAGGAAACCUGCUACAGAAAUCAGCGCCGACUCUUCUUAAACAGUAUCCAGCCCAUUUUCACAUAGAUAUUCUUCCGAAAUAUCAAAAUAAAGGAUAUGGGUUGAAGCUUAUGGCUACUUUUUUGAAUAAGAUCAAAGACCUUGGUGCUGGUGGAGUUCAUCUAGGCAUGGUGGCUGAAAACAGAGAUGCAAGAAGAUUCUAUGAAAGAAGUGGUUUCCGGCUUUUUGGGGAAGUGAUGGAUAGUGGAGAGAGUGGUGAGGUUGGGCGGACCGGGGAUGCCAUAUUUAUGGUUAAGAGCUUCUGA